AUGGAGGAUGAAUAUAAGAAACGCAUUGUCAGUUAUACGCAAGCAACGUGGUCCUUCUGCUUCUCUGAUAUGAUUGACCUGUCAGCAAGCGCCUCAGGUGCGACAAGCAGGCUCCGGGGUGUCGGGCUUUGCGGCCCUAUACCUAUCAGGCGAGUGGUUCGUGAGUUUGUACCCGCUGGGGAACUCUCUGUCGAAUCAAGGCGUUUCGCCGUUGUGCUUCAAGUGCCGCUGGCUGGCUGGCACUCUGUAGGUUGCUCAGAUAUGCAUCACCACUACAGUUGUCUCGCUUAUUGCCUUUUGUCAAUUUUACGUGGACAAAAAAAGGAUGGCAGUGACGCCAAAAACGGAGUGCCAAGUUCCCGGAUUUUUUAUCCGGUCGUUCUUGCCGCUGUCUUCGUGGUAAAUGCCGCAAUUUCGGCUUCCCUGGCCAUGCACUUUGCCAGAUCAAACUCAACGACCGGGAUUGGAUCCAUGCCUGCGCCCCAAAGUGGUUCGGACGUGACAUGCGACCCCACAGGGAACCAUCUAGCGCCGCCGCGACCCACAGCAUUUUCUGACGAAACGCUGGACCAGGUGAAGACUGCUGGCCGCUGUAAGACGACGGACGAGCCCGCAUCGGGAAGCGAGGACACGGAUACCGUCUCGGACACCAAGGCCUGGGCCGAACGCUUCCGUUGUGCAACUCUGCGCGAUCCCAGAAAACUGAACAGACACUCAGUCGGUAUGGCAGCUAUUGACAGCAGUGCUCCGGAAACCACCAGCAGUGAUAACUCACCCACCGCUUCCCGGCGCUUCCUCUUCCCCCGUUCCCCUCUCAACACCCCUCAGCGGGGUUCCCUGACUCGUGGGGGCUCCCGA